AGCAAACAUGAAGUCAACCGCUCUGAUCCUCGUGUGCGUCACCAUCGCUACAGGCCUGUAUGUCGACCACGGUGAUCCAUACAAAUCCGGCACGUUGACAACGGGGAAAGUCGUCGUUACCGUCCUCGAAGACAAGAGCCCCCUGCAUGCCGUCGCCUACUACCCUAACGUCACCGGGGACUACGGCGUUGUCUUCUUUAUCCCGGGACUGGACGGUGUCAUUCUCAGCGCGUUCUACUCCGAGUAUCUCACUGCAAUAGCUCAGCAUGGAUUCGUCGUGGUCGCUAGUGACUACAUUUUUCCUGCGCUUGAUAACCCGACUGGUUACCACAUGAACAAAGAGAAACUUGACUCCAUCGCUGACAAGUACAUGGAGCAGUUUUACUGGCUGAAGUCCAACCUGCAGAGGUUAAUCCAAGCCGUAACACCGGGCGUGAAUAGCAGUUGGGACCACGUCGCGCUUCUCAGUCACUCUGCCGGGGCCGACGCUAUGUUGAAGAUGACGGAGAGAAACCAUACCUUGUUCCAGGCUGUCGUGUUUUGGGAACCCUUCAGUUAUCAGUUCACGACAAAGACCAACUAUUCCCUCCCAGCUCUCAUCACGGGGACGCAGCUGUCCACGAAGAAGGCGAUCAUCGUCCCAUGCAUCAUCCCUGGUUUCGGCUACAACCACUUCUACGACAUGUGGGGGGAACCUCCUAAAGUGCUCGUGGACGCCAAGAACUUUGGUCACUGCGACCUCAUGGAUUAUGCCUUUCGUGAUUUCUGUAUCGAUACCAAGACGUGUCUGGGAGGUAACGCCUCCAUGAUCCCAGCUUACCACCAGUACACCCAGGGAAUAACAUCUGCCUUCCUCGUCGUUUAUCUCCAGGGCUUCUCCCAAACCAUCAACUACGUCAUCGACCAGACAAAGAUACCACUACCUCUUGAUGAGUUUAAAUAUAACAUGUCAGCGCCAUCCUAUCAACACUGGCAUCUACCAUAGGACAGACUGCUCUUUAUCCCAUUUGUCUUUCCAUAACAUGCAUUUCAAGUGAAAAAAAACGACGAGAUACAAAAAUAAGACAUUGUCUAUUGAUGUAUG